AUGUUCAAGACAAAAGAAUCAUACCUAACGUAUAUGGAUCCUCACGUCCGACGUAAGCGACUGGCCAAACUAGAGGCAUCCAGCUCAGGGCGCUCUGCUUCUCCGGUAACUCCGAAUGUUGAGUCCUCGGUUGUCAAGGCUGAACCAUUGGUUGCUAAGGAUGAGUCAUCGGAAUUUAAAGAUGCGGUUGUAAAGGCUGAACCUUCUGUAGCUAAGGACAAGGUUGCUGCUGUGCAACCGGCACCAACGGUCGAUGCGCCCAGCAAGCCUGCCCAGAAAGCCGCUACAGCCGCACCGCAGAUGGUUAAGAACGCUAUGCACAGGGAUAUAUGUAUUAUACUCAAUAUGAAGUGGACCCAUGUACCACUGGCCAAUCCUUCAGGCACAGCAGAGGAUAUGAGUGACCUGGAGUCGGAACUGCAAAAGGACAGGGGCUUGAGUGAUACUGAUCCCCUAUACUUGGGCAAAGACGACGUGGACAAAGCGUUGCUGAGUCGCCUGUCCAAGCCAAAUGCACAGAAGCCCUUCUUAUACCUGUUGCAGUGCUACUCGCGCGCCAAGAACUUGAGUAGGCGGUUGGCCCCAUCGAGCGCACUCACACCCCAUCUGCGAGAGAUGUACAACGAGGCCAUGGUCUUAAUUGCGGGAUAUAGCGGGAUGCAAUUGCGGUAUCCCGAUAUAUUCGGCGGCGAGCAAGAGACAGGCAGCACCCCAGCGAAGCAGCUGACCCAACCACUGAUCUUUGGCGAUCCCGAUGGCGGCAGUGGCGUGCCACACGGGUUCAUGGAUGCCCUUGUUGCACGAUACAAGGAUGAAGAGUUAGACGAGUUGUUGGGCCCUGUUCUAUUGGAAAUGGUCGCUACGUUGCGCAGUACAGACCUGAACGACAACUUCAUCUCACCCCUCAACGCCCUGAGCAUGCUGCUGUCGAACAGUGAUGUGAUGAGGAUGGCUGUCAAGCUGCCAGAAUGGACACCAGUAGCAACGGAUGCGCUUAUUUUCGACGCCCAAGCGAUUCUGACACCACUGCUGAAUGUCUCCUGCCUAUCGACUACACCCCACGACUUUAAGAACACGUACUUUGCCGAGUUUGUGGAGCAGAUCGUAUCAGAUACAGCCUCACAGGGUACAAUGAUAUCACUCAACCUGGCAAAGACCACCGCCGCCCAAGCAAUCAAAACCGCACAGCAGAGUGCCUUCGAUAUCAUUCGGGGUAUCCUCAAACUAGCAGACUGCCGGAUACCAGUGCUCCAGUGGGUGGCACAGUCACUGACCCACAACGUCCAGCGCAACCGCUCACACCCCGCACAGGAUGACAAGAUUUCAGGUCAUGGAUACUUCCUAAAUCUGUGUGAGGUGCUGAUGCGUCUGUGCGAUCCCUUCACAUCGAACCCUGAGGUCCGAUUCUUCCCGAAAGUAGUCAACACGUACCUGAAUUCACCAGACUGCCGGUUUAAAAUGGCCAAAGAGGAGACACGGCUCUGUGUUAACAACGAAGAGAAUCUCAAGUACAUCAAAACAUUGGCCGAAACAACAGGGACAUCCCCCACGCCACCGCACUUUGUGUGUGAAACGUUCUACAUGACCAUGUACGCCAUUCACCUCGGAGUGAUGAGGGCCAUCAAUGAGUUUGGUGAACUGAACCGUCAAAUCAAACAGUUGACUGGAGUGCUGCAAGACUUCCGUGCCAUGCCACCGCCACCCAGCAACAAUCCCCUGGAAGCCAUGCAACAGAAGCUAGGUAUGGAGAAACUGAGCAUGAAGCUGAAAAUCCUACACAGCCAGUCCAUUGGUCUGCAAGUGGCACUCCUGAACGAUGAUUUCCUCGAACACGUACUCGCCUUCCAACGGUUACAGUGCACGUGGCUGCUUAAGAUCAUGGAUCCCGAGAAUAAGCAACUGCCCCUGUCUGCCCCCAGUGAGGAGUGGGCUAACCUCCCCGAGUUCGUCGUCACCGAUGUGGCCGAUUUCUGCGUGUUUUUGUGCAAAUACAAGUACCCUGUCCUGGACAACCAGGAGAACUCAGUAUUUGUCCAGUUCUGCCUGUACGUCAUCAACAGCGCGACCCACGUGGCCAAUCCGUACGUCCGUGCCAAGUUCGUUGAGUGUCUGGCGUAUUCCUCCCCCACCCACCACUCUGACGGACGCAACACAAAGCUGUUCCUAACCAUCGAGCGACACCCCAUGGCCAUCAAGUACCUCGCCCCCACCCUCAUCCGGUUCUGGUCAGAGGUCGAGAGCACAGGCGCACACAACCAGUUCUACGAGAAGAUAUCCAUCCGUCACAACAUCAGUGCCAUUCUGAAGGCUCUCUGGGACAAUGCUGAGCACAAACAAGCCGUGGUGGCCGUGUCUGAGAACCAGGAGGUCUUUGUGCGUUUCGUCAACCACCUGAUGAACGAUUGCAUGUACAUGUUGGACGAAGCAUUGGGAGUUUUGGGAACCAUCCGUGACUUUGAACAGCUACAGCUCAACAGAGCCAAGUGGGAGGGUAUGGAGCAAGAAGAACAAGAGGCGAAGCAAAGCGAGUUUAAGGAGGCGGACAGAAGGGCUAAAUCUCUAGUCACCUUUUCGAAUACGCUGGUGAACACGCUGUACUAUCUCACCCAGGCUAUACCCCACCCCUUUUUAUCGGAUGUCGUUGUCGAUCGACUCGCCGCCAUGCUUAACUACAACCUCGUGAUGAUUGCUGGUCCAAAGUGCCAAAGUCUCAAGGUCAACAAUCCUGGUACAUACAGCUUCGAGCCAAGGAAACUGCUUACCGAGCUCACUGGAAUCUAUCUGAAUCUUUUCCGGGCAAACAAACCCGACCAAACAAACAAGUUCAUCGGAGGUUUGGCCAAAGACGGCCGCUCAUACAGCCCAGAAAUCUUCGCACGAGCCGCAAAUAUACUGAAGCGUGUGGGCGGUGUUUCAUCAGAGGAUAUCGUACAGUUUGAGUUGAUUAGCACGCUGGUGCAGCAAUGUAUGGAGAGCACGCAAGAGGACGACGAUGAUCUGGGAGAGAUCCCUGAUGAGUACCUAGAUCCCAUCAUGUGUACUCUAAUGAAAGAUCCGGUGAUCCUCCCGACGAGCAAAAAUGUCUGUGACCGUUCCAUCAUCACCACACACUUGCUGACUGAGCAGAAGGACCCUUUUAACCGAAUGCCCUUAACCGAAGACAUGCUGCAGCCUGAUGAUAGUUUGCGAGAGCAAAUACAGGCCUGGAUCAAGACACGGAAGGGCAAUGUCGAUUCGCAAUGAAAUAGGCGCGUUCCGUAUGACCAACUUAGAAAAAUAUUGUCAUACAGGAAGAUAGCGUGUAUGCGCUUUGAGUUAUUUGAUGUGUACCAAGUCAUAUAAAUUCGGUAACAAAAUAGAGGCUGGACAACUUUUAAUUCAUUUAUUGCCAUUAAAAUUGCUUCGCCGUAUAUGUAACUGCUUUCUAUACUCUAUGGGAAAGUUUACUGUAUAGCUGUCUGCUGCACC